UAUUUAUUUCUCUAACCGACACACCCUACUAAAUACUGGCGAUAGAAAAACUAUCUGGCAGACUUCACAUAUGUCAUAUGUUUUUGUUUACAUGAACCAAUUCAAAAUUCUUAGAAAUUUGGGCUAUGCUUAUUCUCAAAGAAACGUUCCGGAUCUUUGGGAGCGCGCGGCUUGAAUCCGCGCGGAUCUGCCGGCGGAGCUUCUCGGAUGACGGAGCGCCGCUGAAUCAACAGCCGGCGUUCAAGUGGCGCAAACCGCUGGGUCAGUACACCGGCAUUAAUAUCUACAACAAUGGAAUGCGGGAGAAGGUGCCGCUGGUGCUGCGCAACCCGCAGAUGGUCACUUGGUACACCUGCGGUCCAACAGUCUACGAUUCCGCACACCUGGGCCAUGCCAGCACCUAUGUCAAGGUGGACAUCCUGCAGCGCAUUUUGCGGGAUCACUUCAAGAUCAACCUGGUGACGGCCAUGAAUAUCACGGACGUGGACGAUAAGAUUAUCAAGCGAGCCCGGCUGUCGGGCAUUGACUGGCUCAAAAUGGCACGCGCCUACGAGACAGAGUUCAGGCAGGACAUGCUCCGCCUCAAUGUCAGACCGCCUGAUGUGCGCUGCAAUGUGACCACCACAAUGCCGAGCAUUGUGCAGUUUAUCCAGGAGCUAAUAGCAAACGAGCAUGCCUACGUUACGCCGGACAAAUCCGUCUACUUUGAUGUGUCCAAGAGCCAGAACUAUGGGAAACUACAGAGGCUGGGACAGAGCGAGGAGGAGAAGUCGGAUCCGGCUAAGAAAAAUAGCGCAGAUUUUGCCCUGUGGAAGUCGCGCCAGGCAUCGAGCAACGAGCCCACAUGGGAGGCUCCUUGGGGCGGGGAAGGACGUCCAGGCUGGCACAUUGAGUGCAGUGCCAUUGCUGGUCUCUUCUUUGGCAACCAGUUGGACUUCCAUGCCGGCGGCUUGGACCUGCGCUUUCCGCAUCACGAGAACGAGGAGGCACAGUCCUGUGCACGUUACAAAACAGACCAGUGGGUCAACUAUUGGCUCCACACGGGCCAGCUCAGCAUGGCGGGUGACCAGAACAAAAUGUCCAAGUCGCUGGGCAACACGAUCUCGGUUUCGGAGAUGCUGAAGAACUAUUCUGCCGACGAGUUCCGCAUGGCCUGUCUUUUGUCGAACUAUCGAAAUGCCAUGUCCUACAGCGAGCAGCUAAUGCUGACUGCCCGCCAGACGCUGCAGCGCUUCAAGAACUUCCAGGCGGACCUCAGCGCCUACACACAGUUCCUCAAGCCGAUCCACCUGCUGGAUGAGGGUGCCCUGAAGGCCCAACUGGCCCACACUGUCAACGAGUUUGAUAACAGCCUACGGGAUGACUUCGAUACGGCGCGAGCGAUCAGCGUUCUGAUUGACCAGAUGAGCAGCAUCAGUCGCUGCAUCAACGAGCAGCAGGUGAACGCUGAGAAUGAGCCGGCCUUCUGCAUGGAUCUCCUUAUGGCAGCUGGGAAUUUCAUCAACAGGGCCAUGGUCACGUUCGGAGUCUCUGAGCUGACACAAAGCGAAUCGCUUCAGGAGAAGAUCUCAUCCCAGGAGCACAACAUCGACCCCUCUCUGCUGGUGGACGAUGUCCUUUCUGUUCGAGGAAGAAUGCGGGAAGAGGCCAUCUCCGGAAAAACGAAGAACUCUCAGCUGCUGGCCGCCUGUGACGAGCUGAGAAAUCUGCUGCAGCAGCACGGUAUCCAGGUGCGGGACCACAAGCAGGGCAGCUCCUGGGUUUUCGCUGUAUCCUGUUCCUCGCCCGGUGACAAAAGCCAAAACUAGGCCUAAUAAAAGCUAAUGUGUUAUUUUUA